AUGGAUAUCAUAAGACGCGCGUAUCGCCGCGUGCCCUCCCCGGGCGGCGCCUCCCCGCUGCCCACGACUGACGAGAAAAGGCAUAAUCGUCGACACCAGCUGCAAGCGCGUCUCGCUUUCUUACGAAGGCCGCUUCGGCUGAGGGGAAACUCGAGUAUUUCUGUGCCUCUGGGAGUUGUUGUGCUCUUCCCAUGCAUUGUCCUGAUACUGAUACUGGUGCUAUUUGUGAGGCAUCCAAGUUCUCCUGGGCGGAUAUUAAUUCCCGCCGGCUCUCCGCCAGCCAUUCGAAAAAUUAGCGAGGAACAUGACAAGGUCUUCGUGACUGGCUGUCUGGAACCAGACACGUCGAAACCUCGGGCAAAUGCUGCUUUUGUAGUACUUGCACGAAACAAAGAACUAGAAGGUGUAAUUCAGUCAAUCAAGUCCAUUGAGCGUCAUUUUAACCGAUGGUACCAUUACCCAUACGUCUUUCUGAACGAUGGAGAUUUCAACCAGACGUUCAAGGAUACAGUCCGCAACUACACUUCUGCCUCUGUCGAGUUCGGCAAGGUUGGCCCGGAGAUGUGGGGUUAUCCUGACUGGAUUGAUCCUAAAAUUGCAAAGGAGGGUAUCGCUAAACAGGGUGACGCCGCCGUCAUGUACGGUGGUCUAGAAAGUUAUCACGCCAUGUGCCGAUUUUAUUCAGGAUUCUUUUACAAGCACCCUCUCCUUGCAAAGUACGAAUGGUACUGGCGGUUGGAGCCUGAGAUCAAGUAUUUCUGUGACAUUACCUACGAUCCCUUCUUGAAGAUGAUUGAAAAUAACAAGACUUAUGGCUUUACCAUUGCCGUGAAAGAACUCCGAGAAACCGUACCCAACAUAUUCCGCUACGCUUCUGCAUACAAGCGCAUUAACAACAUUACCUCCCAAGGUCUCUGGGAGAUGUUUGUCGAGCCAAGGGAGCCGCAAUCUCGUCCCGAAGAUGAUCCCAAUUACAAGCCGCCGCUACCAGAGGAAAUUCUACGAGCUGAACCAGGUCGCGGCUUGCCCGAGAUCGACCCUGAAGCUAUGGAGGGCGAGAAUUACAACAUGUGUCAUUUCUGGUCCAACUUUGAAAUUGCUAAGCUGAGUUGGUUCCGAAGCCAAGAGUACGAAGACUUUUUCGAGAUGAUGGAUCGUAGUGGAGGUUUUUGGAUGGAAAGAUGGGGGGAUGCCCCUAUUCACUCUCUAGCGGCUGGCGUGUUGCUAGCUCCGCGUGACAUUCACUACUUCCGUGACUUCGGUUACCGACAUACCACUAUCCAACACUGUCCAGCCAAUGCUCCAGCUCGACAGUUACCUCGAGAGCCUUAUCUUGAGAUGACCACAACUGAUGAGAAGUAUCGCAUUGAGGAAGAUGACUACUGGGAACAAUGGGAUGAGGAGAAAGAGAACGGUGUUGGAUGCCGCUGCCGCUGUGACACAGACAUCGUUGAUGUUGAGGGUAAGGAGGGAUCCUGCCUGGCCGAGUGGGUCGACGUCGCUGGUGGCUGGCAAAGCCCUUAG